UUCGUCGCCAUGAAGUCUUUCACUGCGUUAUUGCUUCUGGCAGCUUUCGCGGUGCACGUGUUCUCCAAUGAAGUGGCAAUUUACAGGGCUUCGUAUAAUUUCAUAACUGAGCAACAGGACCUUAAAAUGGCCGAGGCUGUGAGAGACAAUGGAUUACCAGAAACAACUCUUAUUGCCAAUGACCACGAAGAGCCACCAGAUUUCUUGAAACGUUGUAUUAAAAGAAAAAUCAGAUGCUGGAGGAGAGCAGGGGAGGACAGGUGUAAAAUGCUUAAAUGUCUGGAUAAAUUCUUCGGAUGCGCAAAGGAAAAACUACCAUCCCCUCUUCCUUCAAUUCCUCCUUUGGUGAGAGGUUGCUUUGUGCUGCUUGAAAUGUGCAGGAAGGCUUCCAUUAGCUGUGCUGGCGAGUUGUGCUGCUUCGUCCGCAUGAAGAGAUGCUUUGAUUUGGCUGGAGGGGAGUAAUUCCUUCGGAUGUGAGUGUUACACUGUUACCAUGGCGACAAAUAGACGAUAUCGAUCAACACGAUGCUAAUUUACAAUCAGGUUCAAAUUUUACUUUUGGGUUAUGUUUAUUCAUGUAUUCAUGCAGGCAGAAUAAUAGAAAUAAAUAAAAAUACU